AUGGCGUCGGCCGUUUCGACCCCAACCCCAGCAGCGGCUCCUCUUCUUUCUUUGGACCCGGAGCGGCAGCGAGAGUUUCAGGCGAAGGUUCAGCGAGUAAGGAAGACCGCAGCCAGCGAGAAUGAGAAGCUGACACCUGGUGUCAUUUACGUGGGCCAUAUCCCAAAGGGCCUUUACGAGCCGCAGCUCAAAGAAUAUUUUGAUCAGUUUGGGACUGUCACACGGCUCCGACUUUCAAGGAGUAAAAAGACUGGAAACAGCAAAGGCUAUGGAUUUGUGGAAUUUGAAUGUGAUGAAGUUGCUAAGAUAGUCGCUAAUACCAUGAACAACUAUCUUUUUUGUGAACGACUCUUGAAGUGUGAGUUUAUGGCGCCUGAAAAAGUGCAUGAAAACCUCUUCAAAGGCAGUGAACGGAAAUUCCGUAAGCCGUCGCACCCAGCGGUGAAACGUUACAAUCGGAGGCGAUCAACUAAAGAGAAAGCAAAGAUGACACGGCGAUUGCUGAAGAAAGAAAGGCAGUUGCGAAGGAAAUUGGCCGAGAAGGGAAUCGAUUAUGAUUUUCCUGGAUUUGCAUCUGAAGUGCCUCUAAAGAAAGAAAAGGCCCUCUCAAACUCAGACACAAGCAUGGAUAUAUCUGUGGACAGUGAGCUUCCUACCCCAGUAUGCACGCCAACAGUUCUCCAACGCCGAAAAGCUCUACCAGAUGAAACCGAAGAGAAAGAAAUAACUUUAAGACUUCCACCUAAAAGUACGAAGGUUAAUGCUACACGAAAAGCAAAAACAGCCAAGUCACAGAAGAAAACUGCACCUCCCAAGAAACAGAAAUGUAAUACAUAG